AUGGCGCCCAUCACUGGCCCCUUGUUCCCCUACCGCGACAUCAACCUGCGUGUUAGCAACGAUGCCUACACCUUCACCUCGCCCUCCUCGCCCAAUGCCCCGGCAUUGGUCCUCGACCGCCCUACCGGUGAUGUCAGCUUGACCGAGCCUUCUCUGCAGUCCACCAAGCGCGCUACUCGCGUCUCCAGCAUUGCCGGUAUUCUCGGUGUCAUUCAGCUCAAGCUCGAUAAAUAUGUCGUCAUCAUCAACAAGACCAAGCCUGUCGGCCGCCUCAAGGGCCAGAUGACCUACAAGGUCCUCGCGGCCGAGAUCCUGCCCAUGCGCGAACGCCAGAUCCACGAUCCCGACGAAGAUACCUUUGUUCGCCUGCUCGAUACCUUCCUCAAGAAAGCACCACUCUACUUUUCCUACUCGCUCGAUCUUACGAAUUCCUUCCAAAGACAGUCACAGGCCGACACCACCAAGCCCCUCUGGAUGCGCGCCGACGACCGCUUCUUCUACAACAAGUUCCUCCAGUCGGAUCUCAUCGACUUCCGCAACCUCGGCUCCCGCGCCCAGCCCGGUACCCAGUCUGGCAUCGACCCCUUCAUCUUACCCUGCAUGUUUGGCAUGUUUGAGAUGAAGCAAACGAAAUUCAAGGGCACUCCUCUGAGCCUCACACUCAUCUCCCGCCGAUCAAGACACCGUGGUGGUACUCGAUUCUUCACCCGUGGUGUUGACGACGAAGGCCAUGUCGCCAACUACAACGAGACGGAGCAAGUCGUUAUUUUCAACGAGGCCAGCACCGGAAUGGGCGGCUUCGCUGGCAGUACUGAUAUGCAGAGCGGCAAGCUUGGCGGCACCGACGGCAAGGAGAUGCAAAUCAUGUCGUACGUCCAAACUCGAGGCAGUGUUCCUACAUACUGGUCCGAGAUCAAUAGCUUGCGGUACACACCCAAGCUGCAGGUUCGCGGCACCGAGGCUGCUACCGGCCCCGCGGCCCGCCAUUUUGAUGAGCAGAUCCGCAUCUACGGGGACAACUUCCUCAUCAACUUGGUCAACUCCAAGGGCCGCGAGCGCAGCGUUAAAGAAUCAUAUGAAAAGAUGUGCGAGACGCUGUCUAGAGCGGGGAGCGUCGGAGAUGUGACCAAUGAAAAGUUUAGCAUCACCCCCAGCAGCGGCAGCCGCAACCAGUUUGACAAGAUUCAUUACGUCUACUUUGACUUUCAUACCGAGACCAAAGGUAUGAGAAUGGACAAGGCUUACAAUCUCGUCACACGUAUGAACCAAGAGCUCGAGACGCAGUCAUACUUCCGCGGCGUGGACAUGCCGGGUGGGCUUGACGACAAGCUCGAGGCACGCAGCCUGCAGACCAGCGUCAUGCGCACCAACUGCAUGGAUUGCCUCGACCGCACCAACGUUGUCCAGAGCAUGUUUGCUCGCGCCGUCCUCGACCGAAUCUUUAGCGAAUUCGGCCUCAUGCCCCGCGGCGCCUCCUUUCGCGACCAGGACCCCGACUUUGAGUUCCUCUUCCGCAAUUUAUGGGCCGACAAUGCCGAUACCGUCUCUGGUUCCUACUCGGGCACGGGGGCCAUGAAGACGGACGUUACCCGCACAGGAAAGCGCACCAAGCUCGGUGCCCUGCAGGAUGGCCGCAUCGGCAUAACUCGUUAUUUCCUCAACAACUUUCUCGACGGUCCCCGCCAGGACAGCUUCGAUCUUUUCCUGGGUGCCUAUCAGCCUGGCAAGUCUGGCAUGGGUCUUGGCCGCAUCUUCGUCGAUAGACGCCCCAUCCUGAUCCAGUCGAUCCCCUACCUGCUCGCCUUUAGCACCUUUAUCGUCCUGAUUGGCAUCUUCACCAAGCGCGAACCCGAUGCCAAGCUCUUGCCCAUGCGCAUCUUUAUUCUCUUCUGGACUGCCGUUGCAGCCUGGUGUAUGCACUUUAUCCUCGGACACGGCAUGCUCUACGUCAACUGGCCCACGCUCAACCCGCGCCCAUUUGCAACGGAUGGCUACAACGAGCACUACUCCAAAGCGCGCAAGGACGCCGUGCUGGGCAGCUUUGUGGCCCGCCACGAGCGCGGUCUCAGCACGGCACGCUUCCUCAGUGCCGAAGAGGGCAAAAAGAGAAUCGAGUAA